AGCUGAGAGGCAGCGGCCGGCCCCGGGCGGUCCGCGUAGGCGGUGAAUGAUGCAACACCCGGAGCGAGUUGCACCAAUCGCUGGCGAGGUCUCAGCCGGAGGCCCCGCCCCUCGCCCUUGAGAGGCGGAGAGCCGGCGUGGUCCCGCCCCUCAGCUCGACGAUUGGCUGCGCGCCUCCGCCCCGCCCCAAUGGGCCGCGACACCGCCUCUCUGAGCGGAGCGCAGCCACGUGGACGGCGGCGCGGUUGCAGGUGGGCUUUGGUCGCUCCGCACCGCACCACGAGCGUGGGAUUCAUCGAGGCCGGGCAGCUCGCCCUCGCCUUGGCCCGGGGCUUCACGGCGGCAGGGGUCCUGGCAGCGCACAAGAUAACGGCGAGCUCCCCGGACACCGAGCUGCCCACCGUCAGAGGGCUGCGGAAAAUGGGCGUGAACUUCACGGUGAGCAACGAGGACACGGUGAAGAGCAGCGACGUCCUCUUCCUGGCCAUGAAGCCCCCCAUUUACCCCAUUCAUCCUGGACGAGGUGGGGCCUGACAUCGAGGAGCGUCACACCGUGGUCUCCUGCGCUGCCGGGAGGGCCGGGUGGUGCUGAGCCGGGCAGGGCCAGCAGGACGGCAGAGCGCUGGCAGUGGCCUCGAACUGACCCCGGCACUGCCUGCGGUCCCCAGCGAAGCGUUGUGCUGUGCCCAGCCGGCUGCUUUGGGCCACCUUUGCUUCAUCAGAAUAAGCUGCAGGGCUCCGUAUGGCAGGUCUUUUAUUACGUUAAAUGCUAUCAGAUCGCUUUUUCUCUCCUGAAUUUCUGCAGGCUUUGUGCUCAGUAUCUGCAGGAGAUGUUUUGGAGCCGAUGGGGCAGCUGUGGAGGUUUCUUAAGUGAAAUAAAGGGUUAUUUUCAUCA